UCUGAAAUGAAAAAUCUAUCCAAAUAACACACACAGUACACCAAGACCAUAACACACACAAUCCACAACACUACACAAAGCACCCGAAAGAAAGAAAGAUGGAGAAUGGUUGUGUAUCAGCGGCUUAUACAACAUCACCACCACUUUUAUUUCCAAAACCCACAAAUCCUAAAACCCAUUUACCAUCCCUUAAUACUACUACUAAUUACACAAAAUUUAAUACCACAAGCAGCUCCGGCAGGACUUUAUUAUCUGUGAAAGCAUCAUUAUCAUCAUCGUUCAAGACUCAAACUUUAUCAAGUAAUUGGGAUGUAAACACUAAUUUGUCAAAUUCAGCAUCAGCGCCUUCUUGGAUGCCUAGAUUUGAAGAACUUGAUACUACCAACAUGCUUCUUCGUCAACGCAUUGUUUUCUUGGGGUCUCAGGUGGAUGAUAUGUCAGCUGAUUUCAUAAUCAGCCAAUUGUUGUUUCUGGAUGCGGAGGAUGAUAAAAAGGAUAUAAAAUUGUUCAUCAAUUCGCCUGGUGGUUCUGUUACUGCUGGAAUGGGAAUAUACGAUGCCAUGAAGCUAUGCAAGGCAGAUAUUUCCACCAUUUGUGUUGGGCUUGCUGCAUCUAUGGGUGCAUUUCUUCUUGCUUGUGGUUCCAAAGGAAAGAGAUUUUGUAUGCCUAAUUCCCGGGUUAUGAUCCAUCAACCACUUGGACAGGCCGGAGGAAAUGCAACAGACAUGAGCAUAAGAAUAAGAGAAAUGGUGUACCACAAGGUUAAGGUGAACAAAAUUAUCUCAAGAGUUUCGGGAACUCCUUACGAGAAGGUUGAGGCUGACACGGAUCGUGAUUACUUUAUGAAUGCAUGGGAGGCAAAGGCAUAUGGAUUGGUGGAUGAGGUAAUUGAUGAUGGGAAGCCGGGUUUAGUUGCUCCCAUUGCAGAUGCAAAACCGCCACCCAAAACUCGUGUGUGGGAUAUGUGGAAAAUUGAGGGGAGCAGGAAGGCAUUGAAGAAUAUGCCAUCAGAAGACAAGAUGUUGCAGAAUGGACACAUAGGUGGUGAAGAAGAUGAACAGAAAAAGGAAGAACCUUCAUCUGCCUGAGAAAAAUAAUGAGGGUAUACGUAUUUGUAUUGGUUGUAUUGUUAAAUUUUUGAAACAUGUAGACCUUUUUCAUAGCUUAAUAGAUGGUUUUAAAUACAAGUAUGUAUGAUCGAUAAUUUAGUUGAUCAUAGUUUUAACUUUUUAGA